AAUAGAUAUACUUAGUUAAAAACAAUGAUUCUGCUUUACUGGGGUUAGAAAGAGUUUUUUGAAUACAUUUUCUUGAAGACUGUGGUUUGGCAUUUUUUUCAAACAUUACUAUAAAAAAAGAAAAGAAAAUUGGCAUUGAACUAUAUCCGUGAUUUAGAUUUUGUAGCUGUGAAGAUUUAUUUGUGUCAGCUAAUUUACAAUUUUACGUUCUGGAUCUCAGGAGUCUUUAGAAGUGGUGCCAGAGUUUCUAGCACAAUGGAUCAAAAUAACCUAAAGAACUUUUUACAACUGUUGAUCAGGAAACAACAGGAGGAGACAGCACGACAGAAGGCUAGAGAUUCCAUUCAAAUGAAAGAAAUUGAAAAGAUAACUUGUCUGUUACAAUCGACUUUGCCUGUAACUCAAGAGUCAAGCUCUAUUCCUCUGACUAAGAUGACUCCUCAAGAUGACCCUGCUGCCUUUCUGAAAACAUUUGAGCGAUUAGCAAGACAUAAUCAUUGGCCUGAGGAGACGUGGGCGCUAAGGUUAGCCCCACUUCUGUGCGGUGAAGCCCAGUUGGCCUAUGCUGGUUUGGCUGACACAGAUGCACUGACCUAUGCUAAAGUCAAAGAAACCAUUCUACGCCACUUCAAAACGGCUUCUGAUUUAUAUCGGCAGGAAUUUCGUUCACUAAAGAUGCUACCUGGGGCUUGCCCUCGCUUUGUUGCUCAGAGGCUAAAUGAUUUAGCAAAUCUGUGGCUUAAGCCAGUGGAAACAGAAAAAAUGAAAUUAUUUGACAAAGUUGUAUUGGAACAAUUUCUGAAUAUUUUACCAAAAGAAACACAGGAAUGGGUGAAAAUGUUACAGCCUGAAGACCUUGAAUCAGCAGUUAUAUACACUGAGUCAUUUGCUGAAGGCACAGAAAGUGUUUCUGAAUCAACAGGACAAGUGGCCAGUGAGCCCAGGAUGAGCCCAGCAUCUUCACAUAUGGCUGGAUAUGUUUUGCCUGCUGCAAAAAUAGCAUCUAGCAUUGGAACUGCUCCACCCAGACAGCGAGAGCAAAUAGUUCCUCCAUAUCUUUGUGAUGAGAAUAUAAACACAGUUAGAGCUGGUGCAGAUGGUGUCCAGAUGAAUCUCUCAUUACAAUGGAAAGGUAAAAAGAAAUGUAAUGAAGAUCAUGCAUUUAUUCCCAGAAAAAGGUAUCGACCUGAGAAUGAUGAACAAUUUCAGAAGUAUUAUAACAUGGAAGAGAAAUCGCGAAUUGUUAUAACUAAGAUGCAUGAAAAACUGCAGUAUUUGUUCAACAAUGAGGAGAAUGAAACUGCCUUUGUAUCAGAAUUAAAAGAAAAGAUCACAAAUUUAAAACAAAAACAUCUUUAUGAGGAAAUGUUCAUUGGAAUAUUUGGCAAGACAGGAACUGGAAAGAGUUCACUGAUAAAUGCUCUUCUAAAUGAAAAAACCUUACUGCCUACAUCAUCAAGAAAAGCUUGCACUUCUUGCAUUAUCCAAGUGCAAGUUCAUGAAAACAACCGCCUCGUGUACAAAGCUGAGAUCGAAUUCAUCAGUAAAGAGGAAUGGGAGGAAGAGCUGAAAGAACUCAUAGAGAACUGUAAACAAGACCAUAAUGAGGAUAGCAGUUAUACAGAGGAUGGACAGGAGGCUGAGAGUGAACUUGCAAAAGAAAAAAUUAUGGCUGUUUAUGGAAAAGACGGAUUAAAUAAAAGUUUUUUUGAGCUGGCAAACUUGAAAAUUCUCGACACUUUAAAGGGUAGCAAAGUAUUUUUUUCAAAAACUGGCUCAGAGUUGUCUGAGAAGAUUAAUCAAUAUAUAAGGAGUGAAUCAGAUGAUGAAACCUCCCGUUCUUAUUGGCCCCUGGUGAAAGUUGUUAAACUUCAUGUACCAAAAGCCUGUGGAUUGCCAGAUCAAGUGGUAUUGGUUGAUAUACCAGGAACUGGAGAUUCUAAUAAAGACAGAAAUAAAAUGUGGAAGGAGUAUAUCAGCAAGUGUAAUUCUAUUUGGAUUGUUACGGAUAUCACAAGAGCAGAAUCUGACAGAAAUGCAUUAGAAAUCCUGAAUACUGGACUGAGAGGAAUUGCUGGUGGAGGAGAGUGCCAAAAUAUAACCUAUAUAUGCACCAAAACUGAUGAAAUAGGCAUUCAAAUGGGCAUUCAGAGUGGUCACAAAACACAACGGAUUUCAGGACAUGCAGAACCAGAUGAUGACAGCAAAUUGAAAAGAGAUACAAUACUUAUGAGAAAUACUAAAGUCAAAGAGAAGAUUAAUGAUAAAUGCAACAAAAUAGUAAAAGGCUGUACUGCUGUAAGAAAAUUAGGAAGCGAUGAAGAUGACAAUGAAGAGAGGGUUAUCAAUGAAAGCGAUCAUAAUACAGAUUCAGAAAUUGAUAUUGGAAAAGAAGACAUGCAUGUUGACAAAAAUAUGGACUCUGGAACCUCUGAAGAAUAUGAUGAAAGUGAUGACUAUUCAUUCAUAUCUAAGUGCUGCAAAGCUCCUUGUUUUGUUUCUUUGAGCUCGGCAUUUUCAGCAGGCACUGAGUUUGAUUAG